CCACCUCUCCGCUCCGCACCGGCCCCGCGCGGUGUCCCCUCACCCGGAAGCGUCCGUCUUCCCCUUCCGGGUCUCCGGCCUACUCUAGCAACCGCGGAUACUUCCGCCUGGCAACCAUGGACGAGGGGGAGUGCAAAAAGACACCUGAAGGUAUGCUCAAGAGGAAUGGUCAUGGAAUCCACACUGGUGCCAAUGGAACUAGAUACGUUGGCAGCUGGAAAAAUGACAAGAUGAAUGGUAUUGGAAGGCUAGAACACCCUUCUGGGGCUGUUUAUGAAGGCGAGUUCCAAGACAACAUGUUUCAUGGAGCUGGAACCUACACAUUUCCAAAUGGCGCAAAGUACAUUGGACCAUUCAAUGAGAACAAGAUGGAAGGUGAAGGAGACUUUAUAGAUGAAAAUGGAGUGGAGUGGAGCGGCACAUUUCACGGCUCGGCAGCAGUGGGACUGAAGCAGAAGCUGAAAAUGUAGCUACUUGGCUUGGACAGUAGCAUGGGUUAAAGGCAGCUCUGUGAUUGCAUUUUGGGCUCAACAGCUGGGACCAGUUUUCA